UGAGCUCAACGUUGCGCUCCGCCACCACAUUGAGACCAGCCCCGAUCUGCAAGCUGCAGCCAGGGGUACAUGAAUUGUUGUGCCCAUCUGAUCUUAUCUCACCUGUCCUUCAAUUCAAGGCAAUCUGGUGUAAGCUACGAACAUGCGCGUUCCAAGUCCAGUGGAAGACUCGACGCAAAAAAGUUAAUCUGACGUUGUUCGUAUUAAACAACUUCUAUGUUUUUAAACUAGGCUAUUGUUAAUCAUUCUUCAGAUUUCCAUUUUUGGAUCCAGUCGGGGGGAAAAAAAGGAAAAUGACUGAUAAACUACAGCAAGUCCAACAGGAUGUGGAGGAGGUGAAAGUGCUUAUGGUGGAGAAUGUCAAUAAAGCUGAUGAACGUGGGGACAAGCUAACCGAUCUGGAUGAACGUGCUGCGAAACUUCUCAACAGUAGCCAUAGCUUCCACAAGCAGUCAAAGAAAGUCCUAGUCAAGCAGAAAAGGGAGAAUCUGAAGGGCAAGAUUGGAAUCAUAGCCAUUGUGGUGGUACUGUUCCUGAUAAUCAUCAUAGUGGCCAUUGUCAUGCUCAGUACCUCAGACGGAGGCCCUACAACCGCAUCCAACAAUGCCAUCACUCCCAUGCCAACUGAAUCAAGUGGACGUAACUAAACAGCUCAGAGGAGCUGUGCUGGUAAAGACUGGUAAAGGGAAGAUGCUGCUCUAUUUGACACAAUUUAUCUGUGUCGUGGGAGCAGAUAUAUUCCCUUGUGUUUUCUUGGGAGUCUCAUGCUGUUAUAUGUAAACAUGGCCUUAACGGAUCUGAGCUCGGGGGAGAUUUUUGUUAUCCAUCCUCGAUGGUGACCUUACUCAGAAGGUCAGUGUGAGGACAAGUACACCAUCUUGAACCAGUGUGUAUUUACCCAACAACAAAGGUGACACACUUUAUAAUACUCACUUAAAAAGACAUUCUAUGGAGCCUCUAAGGGGACACAUUUUUUGUGCGAACACAAAAAAAA